GAGGUUCUGAUAUCACCGACUAUCGUGUUGGGUAUGCGUGCAAGAAGGGAUUAAAACCAGAAAGCCCGAACCAAGACGACUUCUUCGUCAUCGGCAUUGACGAACUCGGGAUGUUUGGCGUAUUCGACGGCCACGGUCCCUACGGUCACGAUGUUUCCAGUUUCUGCCAUGAUGCAUUACCAGGAUUGCUCAUCAAGGAUGAGGAAUUCUACACUGAACCUACCGCGGCUUUCACUAGAGCCUUUAAAGACACUCACUGUAAGUUCUUAUCACUACAAGCAAGCUCACGGGGGAAGUUCGACUGUUCACUCUCUGGCACUACAGCGACGGUGGUCAUGACCCGAGAUGAGACCAUAUACUGUGCUUGGGUUGGUGACUCUCGAGCAGUUAUCGGCACUACUAAUGCGGACGGCGAAAUCAUCGCUGAAGAUCUUUCGAGAGACCACAAGCCCGAGCGGCCGGAUGAAAAAAGCAGAAUUUCCUCCCGAGGGGGGCAGGUUCGGAAAUUAGAGGGUGACAUACCGUAUCGAGUAUUCCUCAAAGGCAAACUCUACCCGGGCCUUGCGAUGUCGCGUUCCCUUGGUGACUCUGUUGGAGCUAGUGCUGGAAUUACAUACGAACCCGAGAUCAGAAUCAGGAAAAUCGAUCGAGCUCGAGAUCGAUUCGUGGUCCUGUGUAGCGAUGGUGUGUGGGAAUUCAUCACCAGUCAAAUGGCGGUAGAAUUAAUCAAUCGUUACACCCCUGGAGAAGUUCAGACUGCGGCUGAGGCACUUGCCCAAGAGGCUUGGAAACGAUGGAUUCAAGAGGAAGGGAAUGUCGUGGAUGAUAUCACAGUCGUUGUCGCGUGGUUGGGUGAUGACGAUGAGAGUUUGCGAGGAAAGAAGAGCUCUCGGGAAUCUUUAUG